GGGAAAUAUGACUUAUAUGUUAUGGGGCCACUGAAUGUGAGCACAAGUGAACUGAGGAAGAUAUUUGAGAAGUUUGGCUCUAUGACAAUAGCAAGACGUUGGGGAAGACAGCAGGAUAAGUUUGCCCAUGUACUAUUUGAGACACAGGAGGGGAGAGACCUCGUCUUUAAGCAACAUCCGGGUAAGAUGUUUAUUAAAAACCAGACACAUAAAAUCAGUAAACGUAUGUUGGAUCCACAUGAACCAGACUACCAGCCGAAGCAUGUAAGUAUUAGCUUAUAUAAUGCACUUUUAUGGGACUCUUAAUGCACUUAUUGUAUAAGUAGUCAUUUUGCCUAAUCAUUUAAUUUGCC